AGAACACUAAAUUAGAUUAAACAGAAGUGAGUUCGUGUGAUGUACCUCACUAUUCAAGUGGAUCAAGUAAAAAACAAAACAAAAAAAAACGACUGACCAUAAUAUCAUACAUUUUGUGGACAUUCAAAGGAUUUUAAAGAUGUGCCAAGUGACGGUGUGGUAAUCCUGUUAAUCUUUUGACCUCGUUCCUCAAAACUAAUGGAGUUUGUCAACUGUCGAGGAUUACACAUGUCCGACACUUCUCCGCACUGCUUGUUUGUGAUUUGCUCGCUCAUUUUGUGAGCAAUAGGACAGCUUUUUUUUUUUUUUUUUUGCAGGUGAAUGAAUAAUUUAGCCAGGUCUCCCUUUGGCCUUCACAUGUGGAACUUUAUAUAUUUUUUUAAUCAUAUUUAUUUCCCCAUUUUGCUGUAAAAAGUUGGAUUUUCAUUCAGGACAUUCUUCAGAUCCUCACUGAAAAUGAUGUCCAAGGCUCCAAGGUGGCCCGAGGUCCUGGUUAACAGUAAGAUUCCUAAACCUGCACAAAAGAAGGGAGCAAAGGAAGCCUCAUCAUUAACAGCACCCGUAUUUAGUCGAGGUAAACAGGCUGGCAGCAGUGCACCGAAAGCCACUUUAAAUGGUGGAGGAAGGAGCGGCGGCGGCGGCGAGAAAGACUGUAAAGCUGGUGUCACUUUGAAAAGAAGCAGCCACCAAGGUCGCGGCGGUCACUGGGCCUCCAGGCCACCGUCGACUCGUCCAUCCAGACCUGCUCUGCAGCUCUGCAGCAGCCGGAGCUUUUCAUCCCUCGACACUUCUUCCCUCACUACCGUUCCCUUCAUGAGGAGCAGUCACUCUCUCAACAGACUUGACCGGAGAGCUACCGCAGAUGACUCUGAUGCGGAAGCAAAUUCUCCAGUAAGGAAGGAAACAAGGUCUGGAAAUAAAAUCCUCAUUGGUGGAAAGUUGUCCUCUCAAGAGCCAGUCAGGACUCAUAAGGAGCUCUGCCAUGAAGACAAUGAGGAAAAGAAGCAAAUGAGCAGCUCAUGUGAGACGCUGAAAUCAUCUUUUGAGCUUUCUAGCACCAACUGUCCUCAACAAGACGACAGCGUCGAACAAGAGAGCAAAGGCAGGGAUCACUCACUGUUCACAACAAGGAUAAGACGCAAUUUGAUCCAAACUGUGAUGAAAAAUGUGAGCUCCGCACCUGUUGCUGCAAGCACCCAACUGCAACUAAAUAAUAAGGACGAUCCUGAAUCGGGCCACCAAAACAACCGCUUGCAAGAGGACGCAUGCCGUGAAGGUGCCGAGGACCCGGAGAAACCAAAAGAAGAAGAAAGCCAACGGCAGCAAAAGAUGGCUGAAACAUCCGCCGCUAUAAGCUCUGCAUCGUCUCCCAGCCCGUCGCCCACCUCCUCACCCCGCACCGAUUCGCCGUCUCAUUUCAGUCCGACACGGCAGGCGGGAGAAGUGGCCUCUCCAUAUUCACCGUCACGUGCGAUGCUGUCAAAAGAAGACGGUUCUGAUCAAGAGUGUCGUCCUUCUGAGUCCGAAAGAGGGCAACUUGUCCAAGAGCUGGGCCAGACACAGAAGGAACUGUCUCGGCUUCAGCAACUCAACAGAAAACUGCAACAUGAACUCCAGCAAGAAAGGGAGAGUCAUUUAAGAGAAAAGAAUGAUCUUCUAUUCAAUUCCAACUUGCCAUCGGAGCCAGCUUCGACGCUGCGCCGACUACACGAGACGAACCAUCAACUCCGUGUCGAGUUGGAGGCACAAAAGAGAAUGCAGGAGGAAGCCAGGGAAGCCGAACUACGUCAGAGAGUCGACCUCUUAGCUCAACAAGCCCAGCUGCUUGUGACAGGGGACGCGACCGCGCUCGCUCAGGCCCGUUUAGAGCAAGAACGCAGAUGGUUCCACGAGCAGCAGAUGGAGUGGCGACGUUCCGUCACCUCUUUGAAGACCCAGCUGAGCUUCAGCGAAGAAAAGAGGAAAGAGUCGGAGCUGCGCACGACACGGCUACAGGAGGAGUCGUACGGUCACCGGGCCGUCCGGGAGGAGGCCGAGGAGCUGAGGAAGGCUCUCCGAGAGGCCGCGACGCAACUCCGCACCACUGAAGAGGCACAAGCUCAAAAAGAGUCUCUCCUGCAGAAGCAUCUCACGCUCCUUCAAGCGAGCCAGGGCCGAGAACGUCAACGUUUGUCAGCCAGUUUGGCCAGCGCGGAGCAACACUCGCGAGAACUUCAGGAGAGACUGGAUGGAGCCGAGCGGCGAGUCGACAGCCUGAAUAAAGCGCAAAUGUGGUGCAGGGACCUUGAAGACACCCGACAACAACUCCAAGAGGAGUUAGCUUCCUCACGGGCCGCUGAGCAAAAGUAUCGAGACGAAAAAGAGCAGACGGAGCAACAAUGUCAAGAGCUGCGGGAUCACGUGGCGGAGGCACAGGGGGAAAUAAGUCGGCUGCAGGGUUGUUUGAAAACCCUCGAGACGCACUACCGGGACCUUCAACAUUCAUAUGAGAGUAUCUCAGAGGAACUGCUGGCGGUUUUGGAGAAGGCGCAGCAGAGGGAGGCCGAGGCUGAGGAAAUGCGAGAUGGCUUUGAGAGGCUCCUCGACACCAAGGAGCGAGAGCUGAACGAGGUGUUGCUCAAGAUGGAAGUCUUAGGUAAUAGCCUGGAGGAGAAGGAGGCGCAAUUCAACGAAAUGCUCAAGGUUUGCACCUGUGCCUCUUCUCACGUGGAGGAUGAGUCUUUGGAGGCGGAGCCGCACACGGAAGUGAUGGCGGAGGAGCCCCAUUUAAAAGACGACGGCGGGUCAGAGGAAAGAGGCACGUUCUCUGUUCAGAACAGCCCUCGUCACGCAAGAGUCCGCUCCCACUCGCUCGGCCCAUCGCAUCAGUACAUCAUCGCUUCAGGAGAUGACCCGCAGCGCUUUACAACAGCGAUCCAGCUACUUGAAACAAAACUCUUUGUCACAGAGGAGAAGCUAAGGGAAAUCACCGAACGGCUGGAGGAACACCGGGAUCACAAAACCUGCCCGCACCCCCAUCUUGACUCCCGGCUCGCUCCAAGCCGAGGCUCAGCCCGGCAUCUCGCUCUGCUGCUUCACAGCCGGGCCGAGCAGAGCCAGCGCUUUGCUCAGGAGACGGAAAACCUUUGCGGGCUUUUGGCCGGUCGCUUUCAGUUUGCGCUAAACGUCAUACGAAACUGCCGGGAGAGAAUUCAAACAAGCGCCGGCAUCGAAUUGACGGAUUUCGUGGACAGACUGUCGGCUGUCGAGACGUGUCUUCGGCAAGGACAGAACGAUGCAGAAAAACAACAACGUGCGUCGUUUCGUGCCUCCAAAGUGGAGGACGAAAGCCCCGAUGAUGUUUUGGCUGGAACUGACCGUAGCAUUGAUGCAGAGGUUGAACUCGCUGGCACGGCACGUUCAGAGGACAUCAUGACUGUUGGGGUGUGUUUGAUGAGAGAAUUAGUUAUCGUUGAAAAAAUACUGGCAGCCCUUAAGAAACCAAAUGAGCAAUUCCAAUUUCUAGUGGCAAGAGAAGAUGGGAUGACUCUUGCACACAGGUACCAAGUCAUCACCUCGCAAAUAUUAAGCUUAAAAAAGACUCCGUUAGAGGAAGGGGGCGCCGGAGAGGACCACCAAAUCAUCAUGAGAGCCUGCACCGAAGCAGAGUUAAUCUAUGCCGCCUUUAAAAUCCAGCAACAAUAUCCGAAAGGUCCCGCAGACUCCAGUCACCCGACGUUUGUUUCGUAUGAAGAGCGGGAGACGGGAAAGGACGCGGUAUUCGAGAAAACGGCAACAUCGCUUCAACCUGAGGACAUCCGGGAUGAGAAAAGGCCGCCGUGGUUCGAGCGACUUCUCGCGAGGCUGCAAAGAAGAGCGAAAGUCAUGUGGCUGCUGAGUCAGGAGGUCACGUGUAUGGAGGAAAACUGGGAACCCGCUUCUGGAGUGGACACCGGGUGGAUGCUGGAGCAAGCAAAGUUGGUUUAUUUGUCCGACAGGCUGUACUUAGAUUUGGAGCAGGAGCAGCGGCGCUGCGUCAUGUUGCAGGACAACCUGCAGGCUUUGCGCAAACAGCGGGACGCCUCAUUAACGGAUGAGCGGCGGGCUUUUCAACACACCUUAUGCGAACUGCGGGAGGACAACAGAGCACUGCGAGAGGAACUGGAGCACGCCGAGGAACAGAUCAUAUCCAUGGAGACCGGAAACCAGAGACUUCAGGAAAACAAGCAGAGAAUUGAGGACUACCACAAGGAAAGGCUGCAAAAACUACAAGCAGAGUUUCAAAUGAAGAUGAAGGAACGGCAGAAAAUCCAUCGAGCGGCGAUGAAACGUUUGAAUCAACCCGGCAUGAAAGACUCGGUUUCCAAAGAAGAACACGCUGCAAACUUGAAAGAUAAUGGCGAUGCAUCCCCAACAGAGCAGCAAGAAGUCGGCCCGAAUGACGUGAACACUCAUCAGGUCUUUUGUGGCGGGCCUUUGGAGGAAAUGCACAGGAAGUCGAUAGCGGAGCUGCAGCGGCAGCAUGACAAACAGGUGGAGGAACUUCUACAGGAAAAGGAGCGGCUGAUGCAGGAAGAGACAGCUGCCACGUUAGCAUCCAUUACUGCAAUGAGGAGAGCCCAUAAAGAUGACCUGGAGAACGUUCGAGAGCCACAGCACGUCUUGGAGAAUGAUGACAUCACACAGAUCCACAGUGACUAUCAAAAGGCGAUGGAAUCACUGAGUAAGGAGCUGGAGGAGUUGUCGUUUCAACACACUCAAAAAUGCCUCGAGAACUCGAAACUGAGAGCCGAGCUGCAGUUUGAGAGAAAAUCCAUCUGGAAGCAGAGAGAAAGUCCAGAGAGGAAACCGGAGCAGGAUAAAAUGCACACCCUCAGCCAGAGCAAGAUGAAGGACUUUUCUAAAAACAACCACAAUGAACCCCAUCAGGAUGUCACGGCCCAAAGUCAAGAUGUCAGGUUUGCUACUCUGCCUUCUGGUAAAGUUGCACCUGGAGAGAAAAAUGAUGUCAACGCAGUGAAUUCAAGCCAUGCUGCAUUGGUGAAGAAAAGUGACAAACCGUCUCUCCUACGUCGGCUUAGAGCACUCAGGUCAAAGAGUUUGAAAGAAGGUAUCUCUGGCCCAGAAAGGAUGAAGCUGCUUGAUUCAACAGAAAAAUAAAACUGCGCUGAACAUAUUUUGCCACUAGAUGUGGCAAAUUGGGUUGCCUCACCGGAGGCCAACUUGCAAUACAGAACUGAUACCACAGCAGGUCACUAUCAGCCCGACAUAAAUCUGAUGUAUGACAAAUAGCCUCAGGUAACCCUCACUUGCACUGUACACACACGUCUAUCGAAAUUCUGCCUUCACAAAGACGAUUUGAUUGUUUGGAGCUGCGGCUGGAAUGUGGCAACGGCAGCUGUGAUGAUUUGGGAUCCGCUUUACAAUCAUUCACAAGUGCAGAGCUCUCGUAAAUUUGGAUGUUGUGAAUCGCGGUGCCCUUGCAGAGGUCUUGCUCUUGAAUGUUGCUCACUUCCUCGGAGUCACAUUACUCAAGAGGAACAUCGCACCUCAUUAAACCCCGCGCUCCUUUCCUGUGACCCCAACGUGAGGAGCUCUCGUCAUGUGAGGCAAACAUUUUCAAAAGAGCAACACUCGUCGCUAAUGCCACCUAUCGUCGGCAAGGCUGCGCCGGUGGUCUUUUCGAGCUUCAAGUAACAUUCACACCAACCAUGUCUUUCUUUUUUUUUUUUAACGCAUUUUAUACAGUUACACAAUUUGUCUAGAACUGAAAAUAGUUAGGUGCAAGGCGAUAUAUUUGAUCAAAAAUAACAACAACUACAACGUGCUGGCUAUCUUGGGAACGUGACCUCAUCAGACAUGGAGGAGGACGCUGAAAUGUUCAAUAAA